AUGUUUAUGACGGCAAAGCACUCGGUAAAAACAGGGUUGAUCGCAUCGGCUGUGGUCUCUUCGUGGACCAUCGCCACAACCCUCCUGACCAGCACAACCUACGGAUACCAGUAUGGUGUUUCGGGUCCGUUCUGGUACGCAUGUGGCGCUACAGUCCAGAUUCUACUUUUCUCAGUGGCAGCAAUUGAGUUGAAAAGAAAGGCCCCAAAUGCGCAGACAUUCCUACAGGUAGUCAAGGUUCGGUACGGAAAGGCGGUCCAUCUGAUCUUCUGUACCUACUGCAUGGUCUAUCAGUUGAUCACCACAGUGAAUCUCCUGGUUGGAGGUUCUGCAGUCUUCUCCACUAUGACUGGCGUCAACCGUGACGCGGCUUGCUUUCUCUUCCCUAUCGGUGUGGUUAUAUAUACGCUCAUGGGCGGCAUCAAAGCGACGUUCAUAACCGACUGGGUCCAUACUGUAAUCAUCUAUUUGAUUAUGCUUCUUUGUCUCUUUGUAUUCUACACAACUUCUGAUAUCAUAGGCUCCCCAGAGAAGAUGUGGGAGCUUCUAAAGACGGCAGCAACCAUUCACCCAGUCGAUGGAAAUGCUCAGGGCGAGUAUCUCACCAUGAGGUCCGAGGGUGGUGGAUACAUUGGACUCGUCUUCAUCGGCGCUGGAUUCGCAUCUGCUACUGAUAGCCAGUUGUUUCAAAAAGCUAUUGCGGCAGAUCGACACAGCAUAUCACGGGGUUAUAUCAUUGGAGGGCUGUCAUGGUUCACGAUUCCUUUCGUUCUUGCUAGCACCUUUGGGCUAGCGGCUGCGGCCAUAGAACAUCUACCAGUCUGGCCAACAUAUCCGAACCGUAUGAAUGACUAUGAGAUAGCAUCUGGAAUGGCGAUGCCUUACGCUGCCUUGGCGCUGAUGGGCAAUGGCGGCGUCAUCGCUGUUCUACUUAUGGUCUUCAUGGCUGUCACAAGCGCAAUGUCGUCUGAGACCGUGGCUACAACAGCUUUGUUGAGCUAUAACGUAUAUCAGGCGUACGUUCACCCAGGUGCCUCUGGGAAACAACUCCUGUUCUUCUCUCAUUUCAUCACAGUGGGCUUUGCCAUCGUCUCGGCCUCGAUCGCCGUUGCUUUUAACCACGGGGGGUUCAGCGUUGGUUUUCUGAUAACGGCAAUUGGAAUAUUCGUUGACAGUGCUGUUGUUCCAAUGGUUUGCACGAUCUUUUGGAAGAAGCAGUCAAGACUUGCGGCUAUUAUCUCCCCUUUGGCGUCGUCAGCAGCCGGUAUCACUGCAUGGUUUUUGACGGCAUAUACUCAUUACGGUGUCAUUUCCAUUGAGACGCUGAGCGGCAAUCUCCCACUUGUUGCCGGCAACAUGAUGGCGUUGACUGGCCCGAUGCUUUUGACGCCUUUGAUUACAUAUCUACAACCAGAGGACUUUGACUGGCAAAUAUUUCACACAGAGAUCAAACGGGGAGACGAUGAGCAUGUCACUGUCCACGCACAUGACGAACGGCAUCAUGGUGCUAUUUCACAUAACAGCGAGAGCUGGGAUGACAGGAAAAUGGUUCAGGCUCGCUGGAGGUCUCUUGGAAUUGCAGCAUUCCUUGUUAUCUCGUUGGCGAUUCUUUGGCCGAUUCCCAUGUACGCCUCGCACUACGUCUUUAGCCAGACUUUCUUUCGUGGUUGGGUUAUUGUCUUGUUCAUUUGGGCCUUUAUCGCUUCUAUCAUCAUUACGGUGCUUCCGAUCUGGGAGGGCAAAGAUAUGGCCUUGGCGUUACUAAGGCGUGUACUCGGGAGAAAGACUUCCACUCCAGCAGAUGAGAUACUGACUGGCGAAGUGGCACCUUCCUCUGAAAAGUCGACAGAGCUUGGCACAGAUCUGAAACCGGCGAAGAUGCUUUAUGGCAAAUCGGGGGGAAAUCGCCUGCCGGCUGAUUCAAGCAGCGAACUAGGUGUUCGGACAGUUGCAAUAUACACAGAUGCAGACGCCGAAUCGCAACACGUGCUCGCAGCCGAUGAGGCUUCGAUGCUGGAAGGGGAUGCAAGCUCGGCGUACUUGGAUGGUAAACAAAUCAUUGCAAUUGCGAAAGCAAGUGGUGCUCAAGCCAUAAUACCUGGGUAUGGCUUUCUUUCGGAGAAUGCCGAGUUCGUACGAAUGGUGGCUGCUGCCGGCCUCACAUUUGUCGGUCCAUCAGCUGACGCCAUUGAAUCCAUGGGUUUAAAACACACGGCACGAGAGCUUGCCGUGGCUGUAUCGGUCCCUGUAAUCCCUGGAUCCCGAGGGUUGUUAUCAACAGCCGACGUUGCUCUAGCAGAGGCACAAAAUCUGGGCUUUCCUGUCAUGCUGAAGGCAACUGCUGGAGGCGGUGGCAUGGGGUUGCUAAUUUGCCAUAAUGAGCAAGAUGUCAAGCAAAACUUUGAGCAAGUCAAGUCUAGAGGCGUGGCACUGUUCAAGAAUGAAGGUGUUUUCCUGGAGAAAUACUAUCCUGACAGUCACCACAUUGAGGUACAAAUUUUCGGAAACGGGCAAGGCAAGGUGAUAAGUAUAGGCGAGCGCGAAUGCUCAAUUCAAAGAAGACACCAGAAAGUCAUAGAGGAGUGUCCUAGUCCAUUCGUCUCCCGAAAAGAAGGUCUCCGCCAGAAGUUGACAAAGGACGGUAUCCGGCUCGCAGAAAGCAUCAACUAUGGCUCUGCUGGUACGAUAGAGUAUCUCGUGGACGAUCACACCGGAGACUACUUUUUCCUGGAGAUGAACACCCGCUUACAAGUUGAGCAUGGAGUGACCGAGAUGUGCUUUGACGUCGACAUAGUUCAUCUCAUGCUGAAGCAAGCAGAUCGCCAGUUAGGUGGCACAGGUGGACUCCCCGCGGACGACUUAUGCGACCUACAGACCAAGUGCCUCGAGCCACGGGGUCAUGCAAUUGAAGCUCGUGUAUACGCAGAGAAUCCGGCUCGUAACUUCUCACCAAGCCCAGGGUUGCUACAACAAGUCCACUGGCAUCUACUAGACAAAUCUCGAGUUGACACCUGGGUCCGACCUGGCAAUGUGGUCAGUCCUAUGUACGAUCCCCUCUUAGCUAAGCUCAUGCACCAUGCACCAUCGCGAGAAAGAGCCAUCUCGGAGUUUCGGCAGGUACUAGUCGGCAGUCAAGUACGCGGGCCCCCGGUGAACUUAGACUUCUUACUCGCAAUCCUCGAUUCGGAACAGUUUAAGAGCGGCGCCACACUCACCAGAAUGCUUGAUACCUUCAACUAUGCGCCUGCCGCGAUUGAUGUCUUGUCUGGCGGUUCCUACACGCUCAUACAGGAUUACCCUGGGCGUCCAACCGUUGGCCAUGGUUUUGGGCAUGCCGGUCCGAUGGAUCCUAUCUCAUUCCGAGUUGCCAAUGCCUUGGUCGGUAAUUCUAUGAAUACGGAAGCGCUGGAGAUUACUCUCACCGGCCCGGAAUUGCUUUUCUUAGGAGAGGCUACGAUUUCCCUUUGUGGCCCUGAAGCACCUGCUUACCUUGACGCGAGUGAGCUGCCUAUGUGGACUCGUGUGCACGUCAGAGCAGGCCAAAAGCUCAAGGUUGGAAAGUUAGUCCAGGGCUGUCGAUCGUACCUAGCGGUGUAUGGCGGCUUUCCCAAUGUUGCACAAUGGUUCGGUAGCAAGUCCACAAAUCCCAUGGUUAAUGUUGGGGGAUAUCAAGGUCGGGCACUUCGUGCCGGCGACUUUCUUCGCAUUGUGGACUCCACGCCAUUACCAACACAACAAAAUGUUUCAGUGCCUCGAGAGCUUAUUCCACAAUAUGACCACGACUGUUGGGACAUUCAAGUCAUGUCUGGGCCGUAUGAGACAGGAUAUCUGUCCACGGAAGAUAUCGAGAUGUUAUUUUCGACAGCUUGGCAGGUCAGUCACAAUGCAGCACGGGGAGGAAUUAGGCUCAUUGGCCCUCGUCCAAAGUUUUCCCGUGCAGAUGGUGGAGAGGGUGGUGCCCAUCCUAGUAACGUGAUUGAUUACGGCUAUCCUAUAGGUGGCCUUAACUGGACAGGUGAUGAACCUGUGAUAUUUCCUGUUGAUUGUCCUGAUUUCGGUGGCUUCAUCUGCAGCUUGACUGUUAUCAAGGCUGACUACUGGAAAAUUGGCCAAAUCAGGUCGGGAGAUCAUAUACGCUUCCGACGGGUGACUCUGGACGGUGCGCUAGAAUGCCGGAAGAAGAGUGAAUUGUUUAUCGAUUUGGUCGACACUGCCAUCCGUAAUGGGUCGUGGGACGAGGUUGCAUCAUUGGACAGGUUUCUGCUGGCACCAGAAACGAAAGAGACAGGAGUGGACAUGGUGCAUGUCAUUGGGGAAACACGAUCCAGCCCCAAAGUAUCGUACAGGGCAGGUGGCGACGAUUUUCUCCUCGUAGAGUACGGAGAUGGAAAAUCGGACCUGAACAACAAAUGCCGGGCGACAGCACUGCGUAAAUGUCUUGAAGAGGUGGUGAGAGAUGUAUCGUCGACACCUUAUGCAAACGACGAACCUUUUCCAAUUAUGAACAUGGUCGGCUGCGGCAACUCGUUAAUGAUCUAUUACGACGGCCUCCGGCUUUCAAGGGACGAUCUUCUGACUAAGCUCGUUGAAAUCGAGUCGUCGUUCGGUGAUAUGAGAAGCAUCAAAUUUCCCAACAGGCGGUUCCGCCUCCCUUUGACGUUCAAGCACCGAAAGAUUGAUGCAAUGAUGGACCGAUACAUGGCAAACCAGAGGAGCAAGGCUAGCUACCUGCCAGACCCUUUCCAAUUUGUCGCCGCAAACAAUGGGCUCACGUCAGGAGAGCUGAAGAAAAUGUUACUUGGCCUUGAGUCGGUCGUCAUAGGAGUUGGGUUCUUCAUGGCAUUGCCAGAGAGUCUUCCUGUUGAUCCACGGCAACGACUUCAAGCGCCGAAGAUGAAUCCUAGCCGCACUUUUACACCGGCAGGUACGUUCUCGUGGGGUGGCUGUGCAAUUGCGGUCUACCCUGUCGAUAGCCCUGGAGGUUAUAUGCCACUCGGAAUGACGAUACCGGGUGUAGACGUUUACGGGUCCAAACUCGAUUUCAGCGAACAGCAACCUUGGAUGUUCCAAGACAUGGACGUUAUAACGUACUACGAAGUGACUGAAGAUGAAUAUGAUAGGCAAAUGGCCCUGUUUCGAUCCGGAGGCUAUCGAUUCGAGUAUGAAGAGGACGUGUUCGACAUGGCAACACACAAUGAAUUCCUGCAACAAACUCGUGAUGAAACACAACAGGUGCAGCAAAAUAUUGCUGCUGCUCAAGCAAAGAUGGUUAAACUUGAAAAGAAACUUCUGGAAGAGUGGAUUGCGGAGAAGAUGUCUAAUGAGCCAGAUCCAAACGAGUUGCAGGCACUUUUAGAAGACUCUGGCAACCGCGUUGUUGAAUCACCAGUCAACGCCAACGUGUGGAAAAUGCUGGCCGUCGAAGGCGAGACUCUCAGAAAAGGCCAGACGGUGGCAAUCUUGGAAGCAAUGAAAAUGGAGAUCAACGUCCUGGUUGAAGAUGAGUUAGACGGUUCCACGGUGCUUAAAUUGUUGGCCCAACCAGGUCAUGGCAUGGUGCGCUCCAAGAUUGAAGUGCACUGCUUUGAGUGGACAUCCCACAUCACGUACUUCCUGUUGGAGUUUACCUACAUCUUCCGCAGAGCCAACAUUACGUGGGCAGCCAAGUGA